UUGCGCCCGUCGGACACGCGUGUUAUAUGGUUUUUUUUUUUUAUUAAUCUUAUCUCCUCGUUACGACUACCCCGUCGGAUGCAUUUGAUCUACGUUUAAUCGGCCACUUCCGCCGCCGGCGGGUAAUUUUUCCUGACAGUGCCGCGUAUUGUAAAAAUACAGGAAAACGAAUAAAUAAUUUUUUUGUUUUGGAUUUUUUGCAACGGUUUUGUUUAGUCGAGUUUUAAUGGUACAGCAAUUAUUAAUGAUCCAGACUUGGCGGCCGACCGCGGGUUGUUGACGACCGCCGCCACCAAUCCAUAUCAUAACCGUGGGUGUGUAUCACAGCUACAUCAAAUCGUAUCACAGACUUAUUGAGAAUCGGCAUCGCACAGUUAAAUACAUUGUAAACCACACUGUUAAACUGUUGAGCACCUUUCAACGGAAAAUGACUAGAAACGGCGGUAUGUCAUUGCCACUGCGGUUGUUGAUACUGUCAUCGGCCUUGACGACGAUAGCUGUAGCCCAAUCGAACUAUGAUCAAGUCGAAAAUAGCAUCGAAUUCCCAAGUCCAGAUCGGGGCCUGCCCGAAUCUACGGUGUUGGACGGCAAAGUCACCAAGCUGGACGAAUUAGCCCCAGUUAUAUUUUUGAACAGGACCAAAGCGGCGCUAAAUUGUGCAGCCGGAUUUAUGCAGAUCGAACUCAAAUUUGAAGAACCAUUUUACGGUAGAGCUUAUGCAGACUUCGACCGGAGUAGUGCGUGCACUGUGACGGGAAAAGGUAACAACACAGCCAGAAUCGACUUGCCGCUAAAAGGAUGUGGUACAAGACAAGAUCCACAAAGAGUUUUUACCAACAAUAUCGUAGUCAGGUUCCACCCCUUCCUAGAAAUGGACGGUGACGAAGUGGUAACGAUUGUGUGCAGAUACCCACCGCCUAUCGCUCCACCACCAGCUGGUAUACCUAAUAAAAUCAUUGAUUUACCGUCAACGCCACUAGAACCACCUCUGAAAGGCUUCCAGAUUUUGUUGAUUGUGUGCGGUAUAUUAUUUUUGUCACUGGUCUUGUUAGGCCUUGGUUGUUCGUACUACUGCCUACGCAACCAGCAGGUGCAAGUAGUCCGCCGGCACCCGUUAUCGUCCGUCGGCUCGGAUAAACUGUCCGACUCAAGCCUGUCCAUGUUCGAUGGACUGAAGAUACCACGGGCUCGAGCUCCGACACUAGACAGCUCUUCGGGUUCGGAAAUGGCUUUGGUAAGCGCCGGUGAUACGCUGCCUAGUGACUACCCGUCCGAAUCGCCCAGUUCCGGGCACUCGGAAGCAGAAGAUGUGGACGGCCGCAGUUUGAGACAGUCACCAAGUUCCGGCGGAUCCUACGAAAAUCGGGCGUUCCAGCAAGAGUACUAUGCAGAACGGUACCAACACUUGCCAGCACCGACUAUCACACCACCACCACCGCCAGUCCAACCGAAGUUUGACGUUCAGCUCCGUGUGAAGCGGGCUCCACCGCCCACGCCAAGUCCUACGCCACCACCGUCCGAGUCUGAGGCAAGCGUGGCAGCCUUGGAGCGAAACUUGACCACCAUUUUAGAAAAGGACGAGACUAUGUCAAUGACCACUUCAACAGCCGCGGCCGAGGAACGGUAUCGUCCGGUGUACUCGACGGUUGUUCGCAAGGAUAAGGAUGAAACUGAAUGGUACAGGACGGAGGAGAACGUGUCGGUUGCUAACUCAGAUAUAAGAAGAUCACCUCCACCACCUCCACCAACGGCGCAACUGCUUACAACGACCGACAAUCAUCGGUAUGCUACCACGUCCAAGUAUACAACUGAGAUGCAAGUGGACGUCGUCGAACCACCCGUGGUACCGACCAAACGACCAGAAAUCACGUCUCACACGGUUGACGAUGUGUUCCUAAAGACAAUCACCGAAAAGAAAACGAUCGAAGACAUCGAACGGCAUCGUCGAGAAGUGGUAGAGUAUAAGCCGCGACCGGUGCCGCCGCCGGCCAGCUGGGAUGUGACUAUCAAGAAUUACCCGAACCCGGAUGCGUUAUAUCCUCAAUCUGGCGAAGACACUGCCACAGACUGGGAUAGUUACUCCGAGGCAUCAUCAGUAAGCGGUUAUCCGCCGGUUGGUAUUGACCGCCAGUCGAGGAUUCAAUCAUACAACAGCAACGUGAUGUCGAACGUCAAUUCCGAAGAAAAUCACAUUAGGUACCUGAGCACCAUGGACGUGCCAGUGCCCAAGCCGGACAACUGGGAAUCGUUGAUCCGAGUCUUGGAACCGGAACCUGAAAUGGAACCCAACGCCAGGUAUAGGGUUGAGCAGACACUGACGCUGGAUGACAAACGUAAGUGGCGGCAGAUCAUCACUACCGAGUCGACUCUCCGGCAACUCAUCACUGAGGCAACCGUUCGAGAAGAUUUCGAGCGCAUUCGCAGCGAUCCUAAAUACGAAAGGAUAUUCGAACCAGAAAAGUGGGACGUUAUCAUACGAGUGAUUGCACCACCACAGCAUUACGACCAGAAGGCUGCGGGUUCGUCCAACAGGUACACCAAGAAAAAGACCGAGUUUGAAGGAGCCAGAACCAGGAGGAACUCGCUUCCCACUGUCUAUGAAUAUGAUUCUGACGGCGGGUCCAGCGUGAGGACGUUGACGGCGGUCGACGACCACGGCCCUAUGGGACCAGCCCGGUCAAGGAGGACGUCCAGAUCAAGCUUCAAAUCUGACAUGGAUGUUAGGUCGAUGAGCGAAAUGAUGGUGGACUUCCGGCGACCGGAAAUGCCGGACAACUACAGCGACGUGAGCUCGGCGUACAAUUACAACUAUCAGCAGAACCAGCACCAGUACCAGUUCCGCCGGGGCGGUUCGUCUUAUUACGCUGAUGAUGACGGCGGCAGUCUAGUCCGGUCGCUUAGCCAACCGUCGCUGGCCAGGUCCGCGUCCGAAUUCACCGAAAACAACUGGGGUCUCCGGAUCCGGUCAUACGAAGAUGGCGACGACAUAAGCAGCCCAGAUCACACGCCCAGGUCUUCGUUCAGGUCAACUGGUGGCCCGCGACAGCAGCAACAUCAGUCGUAUUCCGCCGAAACUGAGUUUGACGGAACUCGCGCUACAGCUACAAGCACAAACGUAUCUACUAGCCGGAGGAUGUUCGGCGGUCGUACCGUGUCCGCGGCCGAAUGGUUUCACGACUCGGACGAAAACGACGCCACUUACAGAUAAACGAAAAUCACCCUCUAGUGAUCGCUAGCCACAGAAAUAUAAUAUAAUGUAUAAUAUUAUUAUAUAAUUUUGUAUAGCGAAGAAUUUUCCCUCAGCCGUACUAGCAUAUAUAUUAAACAUAAAUAUAUAUACAGUAUACACAUAUAAAUACUAAAUAAUACGUACCUCAUACGUUUGUCUCCCUCCAGACUUAUAUAGUGAAAAUCGUUUUUCGGUUCUUUUACGAUUUUCGUUUUGUACGGUUAUUAAUUUUAUUUUUUUUUUAUAAUUAUUUUUGUUAUUAUUUCGACGGGACACAUUGUUUAAUGUGUGUCCCAGCUGGUCAGGUGCAAUAAUUCGUGAACUACACGUCAUAUAAUAAAUUAUGUCACCAAACAUAAGUGAACUUCCCCUAAUCUGCCCUCAACCCCUAAACCACCCAUAUGCAAUUUAUUUUAUAUAUAUGUACAAUCAUAUUUUAUAAUAUCGCCCUGCACACUAUGACUCGCGCGACAUUAUUAUUAUGAUUUUUAUUACAUCUAUUAAUUGUUUUUUUUAAUUUUUACUAACUAUAUUAUAAUAUAAAUACAUCAUAAUAAUAUGUACUCGUACGACAAUAUGUUAAACGUGUUACGAAACAGACUAAAUAUCGAUGGCCGUUUCAACGUUGAUUCGACAGGAGUUUAUUAAUAUUAUAAUACAAUUACAAUUAUUAUUAUUAUUAUUAUUAUUUUUUUUUUAACAAAGUUAUAUAUAUAUAUAUAUAUAUAUAUAUAUAUAUAAUCAGGAUACCACGCGAUCCUCUAUGUGCCAAACUAACUAAUAAUAUAAUAUAAAUAUAUUUAAGUCACUGAGGACUCGUACUCGUUACGCAAACUGUUAUUCUACACACGUGCAUCAGUCUUAUACAGUGUUCAAUCUAUCGUGAACCGGGCUAUUUUGCGAUGUAUAGGGAAAUAAUUUUUAUAAUAAUUUUUUUCUUUUGUAAACUUUCUAAUUUCUAGUAUUUUAAGACAUUACCUGGUUCACGAUAACAUAUAUUUAAAUCUACGUUAGUACGUUUCGACGUUGACACAUUUUUGUUUUUUUUUUUUAAUUGUAGAUACUUAACACUCAGCGAUUUCCUCGCGAUUAAUCGUUUCGUGUUCCUAGCCAUUUAUAACAGACGAAUAUCGUGUUAAACUGAUUUUAUUCUCAAACAAAACUGUGAUAAUGUGGACGCAAUUGUUAAACUGGCCCGUGUCCGUGUACAUCUCUUUAUUACGUCUUCAUAACAGUAAAUAAUUAUAAUACACUAUUAACCAUUAUACCUAUAGUAACAUUGUAUUUUGUUUUACUUAUUUAUACU